AUGACCGAUUUCAAAACACGCAUCAAUAACAUCAUCCAUGCUCGCAACCUCCCGAACAGCUACUUGAACUUCCCCAACCCAGCCACAAUGCCAACCCACUGCUCUGUCGUGGACCGUACCCCCGUGACCGGGCACCCGGUCAACGAAGUCGUGCCUGCAAUCCAAGAUCUGCCGGCUCCCAACAUCAUGAAUCCGGCCCUCCAAUCCGGUCUUUACAACCCGAAUGCGUACGUUCGCGGGGCUGCAGUGGAGGCGAUGGGGAAAAUGUAUGGGUCCAAGGUGAUGAAGCAGGCGAGGAAGGAGGAGAGCGACGCAAAGGCUCGUGUGAAGCGUCAUGUAUCGGAUAAGGCGGAUGUGCCUUACGAGUCGGUGCCUUACACCCCGGGAAUGUUGACCGAUGAGGAGCUGGCCUCUUUCGAGGAGUUGAUUGAGGAGAAGGUUUUGGAGGAGGAGGAGGAGGAGGACGCCACUACUGCUGAGGAGAAUGAAGGUGAAACGGAGCCUGCUGGGUUGGAGAAGGAGGGGAAGAGGCCCGCUGUUGGUGCUGCUGUGAUGGAGAUUGAGGGGAAGGAGCCCGUUACUGGUGCUGCUAUGGUGGAGAUUGAGGGGGAAAAGCUUGUUGCUGAUGCUGCUGUGAUGGAGAUUGAGGGAAAGGAGCCUAUUUCUGAUGCUGCUGCGGUGGAGACAGAGGGCAAUGAGUCUGUUACUGAUGCUGCGGCAGUGGAGAUGGAUGGCAAUGAGCCUGUUACUGAUGCUGCUGUGAUGGAGAUGGAUGGCAAUGAGCUUGUUGCUGAUGCUGCUGUGAUGGAGAUUGAGGGAAAGGAGCCUAUUUCUGAUGCUGCUGCGGUGGAGACAGAGGGCAAUGAGUCUGUUACUGAUGCUGCGGCAGUGGAGAUGGAUGGCAAUGAGCUUGUUACUGAUGCUGCUGUGAUGGAGAUUGAGGGAAUGGAGCCUGUUUCUAAUGCUGCUGCGGUGGAAAUGGAGGGCAAGAAGCCCGUUACUGGUGCUGCUGCUGGGGAGACAGGGGAAAAGAAGCCUGCUGAACAGCAGAAGAAGAAGGAGCAAGCGAAGCCGGCGCCAUUAGGUACUGCCUGGUUCUUGCAGCGAGGGAAGGCGCUGGAUAGCAAACGUUUCUAUUAG